UCCCUGUGCUCCUUCUCAAACUUCAAAAAUCACAAACUGCAGCAGAUUAUUUAAGGUUUCAGGAAGAUAUGGCAGAAUUAGGACCGAAUGAUAGCAGAUAUCAGCCCUCGAGCUGGGGAGGUGGGAAUGCAGCUGGUGGUUGAGAGUGUGUCCAAUCCUUGUGGGAACAGUCAGUUUCCAUCUGUAGGAGGGAGGGCCCGUAGUGAGCCGGGUCUUGCUGCUCUCUCUUUGCAGCGCUGAGCAGCCAUGCAGAGGAUGCAGGAGGUCGUUGGGCGGGCGAGAGCCGCCUUCAACUCGGGCCGGUGCCGCUCGCUGGAGUUCAGGAUGCAGCAGCUGAAGGCCCUGGAGCGGAUGGUGCAGGAGAAGGAGGAGGAGAUCCUGGCAGCCAUCAAGGCAGAUCUGCACAAGAGUGGACACGGUGCGUACGGCCAUGAGAUCCUGGGCGUUCUGGGGGAGCUGGCCCUGGCCAUGGACAAGCUGCUGUCCUGGGCAGCCCCUCAGCCUUCAAAGGUGAUGGAGGAGGAAAUCUUUGGACCGGUCCUUCCCAUUCUGACCGUGAAGAGCGUAGAUGAAGCCAUUGAGUUCAUCAACCAUUGGGAGAAGCCCCUUGCCCUGUAUGUCUUCUCCAACGACAAGAAGGAGCGUGGGUCCCACCGCGAUGACCUGCUCGUGGGGAAGGAUCCGUCAGAGCUCUGGCAGGGGAGCACAGACAAGCUAUCAAAGUGCAAGGUGGUGGAGAACAUCAAGGCGACCCUGCAGGAGUUCUAUGGGGAAGACGUGAAGUCAUCUCCGGAUUACGAAAGGAUCAUCAACAAGCGUCACUUCAAGAGGAUCCUGGGCCUGUUGGAAGGGCAGAAGAUUGCUCACGGGGGAGAGGCUGAUGAGGCCUCCUGCUUCAUAGCACCGACUAUUCUCACCGACGUUUCUCCAGAGUCAAAGGUGAUGGAGGAGGAAAUCUUUGGACCGGUCCUUCCCAUUCUGACCGUGAAGAGCGUAGAUGAAGCCAUUGAGUUCAUCAACCAUUGGGAGAAGCCCCUUGCCCUGUAUGUCUUCUCCAACGACAAGAAGUUGAUCAGACAGGUGAUAUGAGAGACCUCCAGCAGUGGCGUGACAGGCAACAACAUCUUUAUGCAUCUGGUUCCAGAUCUACCCUUCAGCGGUGUGGGUAACAGCGGGAUGGGCGCCUACCACGGCAAGCACAGCUUUGAGAUCUUCUCCCACCGCUGUACCUGCUUGAUCAAGGACCUGAAGAUGGAGGGUACGAACAAUCUCUGGUACCCACCUAGCAGCCAGAAGAAGGUGGACUGGGCCAAGUUCUUCCUCUUGAAGCGAUUUAACAAGGGCCAAGUGGGACUGGUCAUCUUGGCCCUGCUGGGGAUUGUGGUAGCAGUGGUAGCAAAGGUGAGCUUUAGGUCUCUGCUUUCUGCAUGAGUGGGUGUUUCCCAACUCUGUCCCCGAGCCCCACCUGGUCUCAGCUUCCAUUGCCCUGUUGCCUCAGGCUCUGCUCCCUCCCUGUGGGACUCAGCCUUGUUUCUGUGCCUCUCUCGACGGUGUCCCCCAGACAAGAGGGACGAUCAGCAGUCAGCAGCACGCCAGACCUGUAACCCACCACUCACUCCCCGCAGUCCUAGUGCUGAGCAGUUUUUUGCUGCAAUUUCUUUUCUUCUAAGGCAGCUGAUGCACUGAAGAGGUAGAAGCAAAUGAAAUGUACCUAAAGCAGAGAAGUCCCAAGCUGGAGGCUCUAGCUCCUGCUGAAGCACAGGAACUGAUUCAGACCUACACCACCAGUCAUGCCUCAGCAGUGAGUGGCAGCAGAUGGAAGGAGGCAGCAUUUGCCCUGCUUUGCAAACGGGAGCGCAUCUAAAAAUUCUUGGGAAUGGGGGAAUCAUUUGUCACAAGGGUAUCAAAACAAAGCCAGCUGUUACUGACAUUGUUAUCUACAUAACACCUCGCGUGAGACCCAUAGAAAGCUGUCUCAUA